AUGGAAAAAAAUUACAAAAUUGUUAAAUAUGGGAACAAUUUUAAUGUGAACAAAGAAUUAAAGUCUUACAUGUUGAAGACGAUGAAAGAAUAUAAAGAUUAUUUUGAAAAGAAAUUUAUUAAAAAUUGUAACUUAGAGAACAAUAUUAAUUUAAUGGAAAAUUUAGAGAUCAAAGAAGACAAUGAUUACAAUGAAGAUGUUUUUAUUAAAAAUCAAAAAAAUUUUCAUCUUUAUGAUUUCUUUAACUUAUCUCUAUUAUUCCCAAUAAAAAUUUUGAAUCAAAAUGGAAAAAAAAUAAUACAGUUAAUAUCAGAGGAUAAUACUCCAAAUGACAUUAAUAUGAUCCAAACUAUUCUUAAAAAUAUCGAACAAACAGAAAUGGACAAAUUAAGAUUUUUUCAUAUAGAAAAUAUAAUAUACGAGCUAAUAGAUGAAUUAAUUAGACAAAUUGCUGUCGAUUGUCCUAAGCGUGGAUUUUCCUUAAUAGUGAUAAAUAACGAAAUAAAAAAAAAUAUUGGUUACUACAAAAGAUUGAUAGAAAUAAUUGAGCACAAUAAUAAUAUGAAUACUGAAAAGUUCAAUGAAAUGCAACGAAAAUAUAACAUCAUGAUAGAGCAAUUAUCUGUGGAAGAAAAUAACCUAAAAGAAAAAUUAGCUGACAUACAAAAUGAACUUGAAUUAUUAAGAAACACAAACAAAAAAAAAAUCCAAGAAAAUAGGAAUAAAAUGGAGAUACAGUACGAUUUGUUAAAACAUAAUGAAUCACUACUGGAAACAAUUAAAGAAAUUUAUGAUAAGCAAGGAGAAAUUUAA